AUGAGGGCUACUUUGAUACUGUCAACGUUAUUCCUGGCAGCACAGGAAAUGAGUCAUUCAAAAUCCUCGACACCCACAAAACAAUUACUCCACCAUGUUUUACAAGCGACGAAACCUUUGGACGUACAAUUUAUUAUUCAAGAUCUCGCGGAACGAAAAUCCGAGGUCGUUGACGAUAUAUACAAAACCGUGGUGGAAAUUUUGCCCACGAGUUGCAUUUCCUUAAAUGAUUCGAUUCCAGCGGAACUGCCAUCUUUUCGCGCGACUCUCGGAACAUUAAUUAUAUACAUUUACAUAGCUGAAAAUCCGCCAAAUUUUCAACGCACGGAAGAUAUCAUACGUGUGAUCGUGUACGGCAACAAUCGACCAAAGGUGUUACUGAUCACCAUAUUGCAAGAACAAAACAACAAUUUCGAAUCGCUCUUGAAGGAAAUGUGGCAAAAGAGAAUUCUGAAUGUUAUGGUCUUCGAGCUAUCAGAAUCUGACGGACACGUAACAGGGAUUUCCGUUCAUCAGUAUAAUCCGUUUAGAAAUAUCUACGAUAGAGAACUAUAUUCAUCGAGUGUGCAAUUGUUUCCUAACAAAUUGGUAAAUCUCCAUCGUUACCCAAUAAAGAUACAGCUAUUGCAUCGUUUAGGUCAUCUGAACAUAAAGAAAAAUUCUGAAGGCUCUAUUGUAUCUUUGAGCGGCAUAUCUGAACACCCAUUGAAAGCAAUUAUUCGUAUUUUAAACUUCACCCUCAUUGCGAUUUCCGCGCCAUCAGACGUUAUAUUGAAUUCAACUAUCGAUGUCGAGAUGGUGUACCCAGCAUUUCCAUUUUUUCCUAAUUCUGAUUAUUCAACGGUGGGACGAAGUUUGCCAAUGAGGCUCGAGGAUUGGUGUCCGAUCGUGCCGAUUACGUAUAAACAUUCCGGUUUUUUCAGCAGAUUUUUGAUCACGUUCGCCGUGAACUGCGUUAUCGUUCUGACGUUCUGGGUGACAUCGAUUCUUAUGAAGUUUGCUACGCAUCAAUGGCAGCCGUUGAAAAUUUUCGGUCUGGUGAUAGGCACUCCCGUGUCUUCGAACACGAGAAGGGUGCACGAGAGAAUUGUGUACAUGACCGUCGUUACUAUUUCGUUCAUUUACUCGUCGAGUCUUUACGCUGAUUUGACCACCACCAGCAUAACUGCCAACACAGAAGUUAAUUAUGACAGCUUAGAGGAAUUGUAUGAAUCGGUUUUGACUCCUGGCUUAGUGUAUAAUGUCUCAUACGGACGUUUCGGCGACGAGAUAACCCAAAAGAUAAACAGAGAGGCGUUGUAUUUUAAUACAACAGAUCGGUGCAUUGAUUAUUUGGUAAAACACAAAAACCUCACUUGCUUUGUAGAGAAGUUAAUGGGGAAUAUGUACGUUAACCAGUACAGGAUUAAUAAUGAACCGAUUAUAAAGAUUCUCAGUCAUAUUAAGUACUCGAAACCACCAAGUGGAUAUUACUUUCAUAAAUAUUCGCCGUAUAUUGGUCGAAUUACGAAUAUUCUAAUACGCCUGUAUUCGGGAGGACUUUCUAAGAAAUGGUACUUCGAUCAAAUGUAUAAUUUGUCAAUGAUACAGAGUAAGAGACUAAAGCGCACAAACAGCGUAGAAGACAUUAAUAGCGACUCACUGAAGACAAAUAUUAUCUAUCUUACAUUGUGUGGGUACUUAAUUUCGUUAUCGGCAUUUCUUGGCGAAAUAAUGGUAUUGUAUUUGAAAAAUAGAAAGAACACAAGGUUACUUUAUUUUCACCGGCAUGAUCGAUAA